GUUGCGGCGUCGCAUCGCAAAAAUCAACGACGCCGCACAACGCAUCGUGGAAAAUCCGAUGCGCUGCGCAACGUACAAAUCUGCGAUGCGACAACGCGUUGCCGUUUAGUCGGUGUCCAUACUUUGAACGACCUGCACGUGUUUUUUAAGCGAUAUGGCGGAGUACGAUGUCGACCACCUGAUAUCUUUAAUUUACGAACGUCCCGUCCUUUGGGACAAAACUAUAUCACAAUUCAAAGACAAAAAUUUAAAAACAGAAGCAUGGAGGGAAGUGUGUACAAGUUUAUAUUCAAAUUUUGAGGAGUUAAAUACUGUUGAAAAAUCAAAAAUCGGUAACGAUGUCAUAAAAAAAUGGAGAGGAAUCAAGGAUAAUUUUACAAAAUACGAAAAAAAAUUAAACGAGCAAUGUAAAUCCGGAGCUGGGGCCAAAAAAAUUAAACAAUAUCAUCUAUACGACCAGCUCCUAUUUCUGAAAAAGAAUUUUCAAAAUAAAACAACAUCAAGUCUUGACGAUGAAGAAAUAAGACCAAGCACCUCAACCCAACAAAGCCAGCAACCUGUCAUGCCACGUUACCAGCCUGCAUCGCGUAAAAGAAAAAUUGACGAAGACGAAUUUGAGAAGAAUAUUAUAGCUGCUUUAAAAACACCUGAAAGUAGACAUUUAUCUUUUUUUAAAGGAAUUUUGCCAUCAUUGGAAAAAUUGAAUGAUAAUCAAACAAUAAUUUUCCAAAGUCGUGUCCUACAGAUAUUAACUGAUUUACACCAACCAUCAUACUAUCCCAGCCACUAUCAAACUUCACAAACAUCCGUCCAAGCAAACUAUCAAACAUCUCAAACAACUGUUCAGACUGGCUAUCAAACAGCUCAAAUGUCUAUGCAGAGUGGCUACCAAACAUCCAUUCAACGCAGUGCCUUCCAAAGCGGAUGCGAAACAUCACCGGCGCCUAUGCAAUCGUCUCCACAAACGCCAAGGAAUGAUGAUGUAAAUGAGCCAGAACAAAUUAAUUUCGAUGAGGAACUAACAAAUUUGACGAAUGACACACAAUCGGAUUACGAGUUUUGAAUAACACUAAAUUGUGAAAAUGAUUAAACAGUAUGAUUAUAGUAUAAAUAGUUUAUUUUUUUCUUACCUUAUAGUUAAUCCCAGC